AUGGCGACCUUUCUUGCGCUCUCCUUAGCGGUUCUAAUGGCGGCAGCGGCGGCGGCGGCCGCUUCUGGAAGCUUCAGCGUCGAGCUGAUCCACCGUGACUCGCCCAAGUCGCCGUUGUACAACCCCGCCGCCACCCGCGUCGACCGCGCCCGUGCCGCCGCCCGCCGCUCCGCCUACCACGGGCAGCGUCUCUCGGCCUCGGCCUCCCACGACAUCGUCUCCAAAGUCGUGGCCGACACAGGCGAGUACCUGAUGGAAUUCCAACUCGGGACGCCGGCGUUCAAGAUCAUGGCCAUCGCCGACACCGGCAGCGACCUUAUCUGGACCAACUGCAAGCCCUGCUCCCAGUGCUUCGAUCAAGUCCAGCCCCUCUUCGACCCCCGCAACUCCACCACCUUCAGCCCGAUCUCCUGCCAGUCGCAGGCCUGCGAGGCCCUCCCGUCCCAGGGCUGCGACGACAAUUCCGACUGCGAGUACCACUACGCCUACGGUGACAGAUCCAACGUCGACGGCGUCCUCGCCACCGAGACCUUCACCUUCGGCUCCACCAAAGUUUCCAAGAUCGCCUUCGGUUGCAACUCCCAGAGCUCUGGCACCUUCAGAAAUACCACCAGCGGCCUCGUCGGGCUCGGCGCCGGAGCCGUCUCUCUCGUCUCCCAACUCUCCCCGCACCUCGACAGCAACUACUUCUCCUAUUGCUUGGUCCCCAUCAUGGACGAAAAAUCCAGCAGCAAGCUCGUCUUCGGCUCCGCCGGCAAGGUCGCCGAGAGAUCCAAGGUCACCACUCCUAUGUCGAUCGAACAAUCCUUCUACGCCCUCAGUCUGGAGGAGAUCAGCGUCGAGGGCGGCGGCUCGGUCUCGGUCAACUCUUCGUCUUCCUCCCAAUUAAGCGACGGCAACAUCAUCAUCGACUCCGGGACGACCCUUACCUUGCUGUUCGAAGACGUGGUCUCGAGCCUGGUGGAGCAAGUGUCGCAGGUCGUUGACCUUUCUCAAGUUGACGAUCCGGAGGGACUUUUCCCGUUGUGCUUCCAGGUGAGCCAAGAGUCCGACCAGGAAAAGCUGCCGACGUUGACGUUCAAGUUCGCCGGAGACGCGUCGGUUAAGAUGACCCCUCUGAACAUGUUCCUCGAGGUGGAGGAGCAGGUGCUGUGCCUCGCGGUGACGGCGACCACGGCGGACGUCGGCCUGCAAAUACUCGGGAACGUGGCGCAGCAGAAUUUCCACGUGGGAUAUGAUCUGGACAACAAGGAGCUAUCCUUCGCCAGCACGGACUGUACCAAGGUUUAG